GGGAUUAAAAUCAUCAUGUAUGAUGUUGUUAAUAGAUUUUGUUUUCUUUCUAUUGCAGGGCAAGCAAGAAUAAACGCUUUAGAAGAAGAAGAGCAAGCCCUGCACGCACUAAACUUACAGGACGACUCAUAAGACCGUUUUGUAAACUAGCUCUCUUUCUGUACAGAACCCGCGAAUUUUAAUUUUAAAUAAACGUCUAUUGGCCUCCAUUCCUCGUUCUCUCUGUGGUGUAAAGUGUUCAGUUAACAUUGUGUGUGUUGUGGCUUUAGGUCUUCCCUUCUUCCAGUGACUGCUGAUUACACGUGUUACAACGUGAUGCAGGUGAGUGACGUGCUCUCAGAUUUUCAUGUUCAUUGUAACUGAUUACCUUGUAAGGCCAAUACUAUGAGUUAUAUUGAAGUCAGUGAGAAUGUUCGUAGACGUAGGGCCACUGUGAAUUUGUCACGUUCCCUUGGCUGUCAUAGAUCCACUUAUAACAGAAGAUGGAAUAAAAUGAAAGCUGCUUUCAUGAAAAAAUAUCACUUUCUUUCGUUCAGUGAGUUUGCUAAUGAAAGCACCCUAAAAGAAGUAAAGAGAGAAGUCACUUGUAAUGAAAGUACUUCGACUAACAAGAAGCACGUCAUUGUUGACGUCCUCAGAAAAAAACAACUGAUGAUAGCAUCCAAGGAGUGGAUAGUAGGCAAGGAACUUUGCGCUUUUCCGAACGAGCUGGUCGAUAUACACCUUCAGAAGUGCAACCAACCGAAUGAAAAUUGGUCACUUAUGAAAUGUAAAGCGAUUCACGAAUUGGAUUCUCUGCAGUCGGCAAAAGAUCUGUUAGUUGCCCUACAGAUACUGGAAUCUCAACGAAAAAACACCUCAACGGAUGAAAACACUUUGCCACUUAACACUGAGAAGCCAAAGAGAGGUGUAAUGAAGCGUAAAGAAGAUUUUCUUUACAAUUCAGUCGACAUGGAUGUGGCUGAGAUGCAGGCUAGGAAUAGCCGCGUACAAUAUCCCAAAUUCCGUCUUUUCGACAAAUUGAUAUCGCCAAUUCGACACAAUUAGAGACAUCACCAUCCACAUCGGGAUGUAAGCAUGUUGGUGGCGCUAUAGUGGACCACUGUGAUAGGUUGUAUACUGUGGUGCUGAACAUGUCGUCAGCUAUCAAUGACUUGACUAAAACGAUUAACAACAUAUCGUCCGCCAUUAUGGACUUGAAUGUUAAUGUAAACCAAUUGCUUUCAAAGUCUAAUGAGCGCGAAAGACCGCAUCAAUUCGAUUGCGGACUGUCGAGUCAGCAGUUCCCUUUGUCAUCUGAAGAGGAACUACAGAUGCUAGAUACUGGUUUGUCGCAUAAAGAAACGAGGGACAGAUUUAUGGCAAUGGUCACUAGGUUAUCAGGUAACGAUCCAAAAACGUCGAUGCGUUUUGUUCUGUCGCAUCUGCUGACACCGGAGGUUGCCAGUAAAUUCACGUUACUUGGCACCUCUUCAAAACGAGCACUACAGAAAUGCACGUUUUACAGCUGCAUACGAAGUGCCUUAACUCAUCGCUUUUUGUCAUCCUCUGUCAACGAAAAAGACCUUGGUAAGCUCUACGACAUCGCGACACAAGGUUACUUUCACGACAUCCGAGACAAGAUGAUAAAAUGAAAUAGAAGAAAAGAAAAUCAGUUACAGUCAACAAUACUAACGAACAUAACCGUAAGUUCAGCUCCAAGUAUUUGGCUGUGCAAAAGCAUGUCAUUGAGAUAUGGUUGUGACUUUUUUGUUUGUUUGUUUUUUAAUUCAGAAUUCACAGGACGACUACCUCAAUUCGGAAUAGUCCGUGCAAUUGUUUUGAUGUUCUACCUCGAUUUCAAUAAACAUUAUUCUUUCAAACAGCUUACUCUUUUACUUACAUGGGAAACUGUUGAAGUGUUGAGAAUGUGUGUUUGAGUUUCAGUGAACUUUUGAUUAAAUGCACAUUUUUUAUGAAUAAAAUAUAACCUGUUCCUUCUUUUUCAGAUAAUUUCAAAUAACAAUGAAUUAGCAAUUGCAUUGGAUAUGCAUAACAAUCGAUGCUUACGCUUGUGCUCUACUGUUGUACAAUAAUACGCUUUUCUUUUUAAAUAAAAUUUUUAUGAAAUUUACCGCUUUUCCACUGCAUUGCAGAUAUAUUUUGGUCUGUUGUUGAAAAUAAAGGCGAACAUAGGAGACCUUUGGGGUUCUGUCGAUGGAUAGAAAAUAGGAGGUAAUGUGUGUAUUUAGGCGAAGAGUAGACAAUUAAGCGCAUAAGUAGGCAAUU